GCCCACGAUUGGCCCAUGGCGGCGGCGCGGCGGCAGCGCGCGCGGCGGUACCGCUUCCAGGAGGGUCCGGCGGCGCUGGCCGUGCGCGUGCCCGAGGUGCUGGACUCGCAGUACGGCACGUACGUGUGGCCCUGCGCCGUGGUCCUGGCCCAAUACCUGUGGGCGCACAGGCGGAGCCUGCCCGGCAAGCGAGUGCUGGAGAUCGGUGCCGGUGUGAGCCUCCCCGGCGUGGUGGCCGCCAGGUGCGGUGCCCAGGUGAUCCUGUCGGACAGCGAGGAGGUGCCGCAGUGCCUGCAGAGCUGCCGCCGCAGCUGCCUCAUGAACCGCCUGCCACACGUGCCCGUCCUCGGCCUCACCUGGGGCCGCGUGUCGCCUGAGCUGCUCUCUCUUGCACCCAUAGACGUUAUUUUGGGCUCGGAUGUCUUUUUUGACCCCAAAGACUUUGAAGAUAUUUUAACUACAAUUUACUUCUUGUUGGAGAAGAACCCACAUGCUCAAUUCUGGACAACGUACCAAGUCCGAAGUGCUGACUGGUCUAUCGAGGCUCUGCUCCACAAAUGGAACCUGAGGAGCAGCCACGUUCCCCUGCACUCCUUUGGUGCAGACAAAGAGCACUUGGCCAGCUCCUCCAUGCCAGGAAGACACACAAUUGAAAUGAUGAUCAUCUCACUAGCACAGUCAGAGGGCACUUCUCUUUAUUCCACUUCAGAUUGCAGUACAAGGUGAUACUCAGCUGUUCACUGCAGCACAGAGCUGCAGAGAACAGUCCUGAUUUUACAGCAAACCUCAUGGAUAUUUUGGGGAAGCAGCAAUUCUUAAAACAUGCAUUGUAAAAAUAAAGUUGUUUGGUUUUCCAGCUA